UCAUUAACUUCAUUCAUAACAAUAACUACGAUUAAUACACUGACUAGAACAUAGCAUGGCCGAUAAGAUAGGGACAUGCAUCAUUGGAUCUGGCAAUUGGGCCACGAUUAUAGCGCGUAAUGUCGGCAGGAAUGUGGCCUCAAUGUCCAACACAAUGGAGCCAAAGGUCUUUAUGUAUGUGUACGAAGAAAUAGUCGAUGGUCGCAAGCUUACAGACAUCAUCAACACCACACACAUCAAUGUGAAGUACAUGCCUGACUUUGAGUUGCCGCCAAAUAUUGUAGCUGUGGAUGAUAUUGUGACUGCUGCCAGGGACUCCGACAUUAUCAUAUUUGCCAUACCCCCGACCUUUGUGAGCAGCUGCUGUAAGACUUUGUUGGGCAAGGUGAAGCCCACGGCGCAUGCCGUCUCUCUCAUCAAAGGAUUCGAGCGGGGAGACGAUGGACAAAUCAUUCUGAUCUCUCAGAUCAUUAUGCGGCAGCUGAAGGUUUCCUGCUCCGUUAUGGUGGGUUGCAAUUUGGCCCACGAGAUAGCGAAUGAUAACUUCGCUGAAGGCACUGUGGGCUGUCGGGAUCAGAAGUACUACCGCGUGCUCCGUGACAUCUUCAAGUCGCCCACGUUUCGUGUGGUGGUAACCGAGGAUGCUGACUGUGUGGAGAUCUGCUCCACUCUGAGGAACAUUAUUGCAUUUGCUGCCGGCUGCUCUGAUGGCAUGGAACUGAACGAGAACACCAAGGCGGGCAUCAUUCGCAGGGGUUUCCUGGAGAUGCUGCAGUUUGUGGAUGUCUUCUAUCCGGGCUGCCGCAUGGGCACCUUCUUUGAGGCCUGCGGCAUAUCCGAUCUGGUCACCAGCUGUUAUGCCAAUCGCAAUCGGAAGCUGGCGGAGGCCUUUGUGAAAACUGGAAAACCUCUGAGCGAACUCGAGCAUAUACUUAUAUCGGGCCAUGAGCCCCUGGGUCCAGUCACUGCCGAAUUGGUUCACAUUCUGCUCAAGAAAAAGGGAUUGGUGGAUAAAUUUCCACUAUUCACAACAGUGUACAAGAUUUGCAUGGGUGAUCUACCGCUGACGCGUCUCGUGGAGUCGCUGUGUCAGGCCAGUGAAGAUAUCUUCCAUCCGCAACACACUUUCCAACUUUGAAGGCAUAUAUUUUUAGCAGUUGAAAAUAAAUAAAAACCAAACAGAACA